AUGCGCACCCACGCUGUAUACCUGUUUGCCUUUCAGGCUAUCUGUUCCCUGGAUUCAACGUCCCCAACGGCCCCUGCCAUCCCUUCAGGUGCCCCUACCAUCCAGCUCGACGAAGGCACCUUCUUUGGCGUCUCUAACGGCGUUACCAACUCCUUUUUGGGCAUCCCUUUCGCCCAACCGCCUGUCGGAGACCUUCGAUUCGCCCCUCCCCAGCCUAAUUCUCCUUACAAAGGCGUCCAUAACGCUACGUACUGGGGAACUCAGUGCCUCAACACAAUCAGUAUCACCGGCACUGUGCUCCCGAGCUGGGCAACUGAUGAAAUGAAGAGGUACUUCGCAAUCUUCAGCACUCUAGCGCCGUCAACGUUCGGUGAAGACUGUCUGAACCUCAACGUGAUUGCGCCGGCGAACAUUAAGGCAGGGCAGAAGCUUCCCAUUGUAGCGUACAUCUUCUUCAGCGGAUUCGAUUUUAGUGGGAGCUCGAACGUGGAUGGGAGGAUCAUGGUGAACCGCUCUAUCGAGAUCGGAGAGCCAGUGAUUUGGGUUUCCAUGAACUACCGCCUGGGAUCCUACGGUUUCCUCCCCGGCCGACAAAUUAGGGAAGCGGGCUCGGGGAACAUGGGACUCCGAGAUCAACGCGAAGCCCUUCGUUGGAUUCAGAAGUACAUACCAGCAUUUGGCGGGGAUCCCAGUCGUGUCACCCUGCUUGGCCUCAGCUCUGGAGCCGCGUCAGCUACGCUACACACAGUGGCUAACGGCGGUGACAGCGAAGGCCUGUUUAAAGGCAGUUGGGGCGAAUCCGGUGCCCUGCAGCACCUCGGGUGGAUCGACAGUCCAUUGGCGCAAGGGAUAUAUGACGAGUUUACUGAGAAGCUCAACUGCAGCGAUGCCACAGACACACUCGCAUGUCUCCGUCAAGUCCCCGUGGAGAAUAUCAAGAACGUAUCAGCUAGCAGCGCGGAUCAAUUUUGGUUGAUAACAGCCGAUGGAGACUUCAUCCAGGAGCCACCCCAGCAAGCCCUCGUUAAAGGGAAGCUCGCUCCUGUGGCGAUCGUCAAUGGUAUCGCUGAGGAUGAAGGCACAAUCGCGACAUUGACCUUCCCCGAUGGAGCUAAUGAUACCCUCCUGUUGAACUUUAUCAAACAGGCAUUCCCGAACAUCACUGAUUCUCAAGCACAAGUAGUACUCGACCUUUACCCCGACGAUCCGAGCGAGGGGGCGCCUUACGGUACAGGGUCUCAGUACGAGCUCGCCCCGAUGUUCAAGCGAAUAGCGUCCAUCGCUGGCGAUAUUGACUUCGACUCCAAUCACCGGCUCCUAGGAAGUUUUGUGGCUAACAGACAGGACUUCUGGUCAUACUACUAUACGCGAAACUUCGUCUAUGGAUUCGGCUCGACCCACGGAGGCGAAAUCCCGAACAUGUAUGGCGGGGGUGAUAUGGCGGACCUGCUAAUCCACUUCGCGAAUACAUUUGACCCGAAUGGUCCGAAGCCCAAGACCUACUGGCCGAAGUACAGGCUCGCCGCGCCCAUCAUGCUUUUGUUCUCAGGGAACGACACGCUCAGCUACAAGGACGACACGUAUCGGAGCGACCAGAUCGACUAUCUCAACCAUCUCAAUCUCGCAGUACACUAACU